AUGGAGACGCUGAACGGCCCCGCGGGCGGCGGCGCACUGGACGCCAAGCCACCGGGCCAGCACCACCGCCACCAUCACCUCCACCCACUGGCCGAGAGGAGGCGGCUGCACCGAGCGCCCUCGCCCGCCAGACCCUUCCUCAAGGACCUGCACACCCGCCCCCCCGCGCCCGCCUCGGCCCUGGCGGCCCCCUCCCCGGGCCGAGCCCCGGCGCCCACCGCCCCGCGCUCGCCCAACCUUGCCGGCAAGGCGCCGCCGUCGCCCGGCUCCCUGGCGGCGCCCGGCCGCCUCUCCCGGCGCAGCGGCGGCGUCCCCGGCGCGAAGGACAAGCCGCCACUGGGCGCCGGAGCCACCAGGGCGGCGGGCGCUGCCAAGGCCGCCCCUGGAAUCAGGAGGGCGGCGCGCGCGGUGCCCGCUGAGCCGCUGCCUCGGGCGGGGAAGCCUCCCGGGGCCGAACAGCCGCCCAACGCCGCCAAGGGCCGCAAAGCCAAGCGCGGCUCCGCGGUGCCCCCCGCGCGCGCCGUCGGUCUACUGCCCCCCGCCGCCCCGAUCCCAGCCGUGACCCUCUCUGUGACCUCGGCGGCCGGCCCCCUGGCCCCCAGCCCGCGUACCAGCCACACGGACAGCAGCUCCGACCUCUCCGACUGCCCCUCGGAGCCCCUUUCCGAUGAGCAGCGCCUGCUCCCCGCCGCCAGCAGCGACGCCGAGUCGGGCACCGGCUCCAGUGACCGGGAACCCCCGCGAGGAGCAGCCCGGGGGGCGCCGCCCGCCAGCCCCGACCCCCCCGCACUCCUCGCUGCACCCCAGGUCGCCGCUGCCUGUCUGGGGGGCCGGAGCAGUCCCAGCGGGGUGGCCCCAGGGUCCCCCGGAUCGGGUGCGACGGAGGAUGUUGGGGGACGCGUACCACCUGAGCGAGCCGUCCCCGGGACGCCCAAGGAGCCCAGCCCGGAUGAGCAGCCCCGGCUCGUGCCGGGGCCGGCAGUGGAGGAGGAGGAGCUGCUUCGGGAGAUGGAGGAGCUGCGCUCGGAGAACGACUACCUCAAGGAUGAGCUGGAUGAACUCCGAGCUGAGAUGGAAGAGAUGAGAGACAGCUACUUAGAGGAAGAUGUUUACCAACUACAGGAGCUCCGGCGAGAGCUGGACCGUGCUAACAAGAACUGCCGAAUCCUACAGUACCGGCUCAGGAAAGCUGAGCAGAAAAGCUUGAAAGUGGCAGAAACAGGGCAGGUGGAUGGUGAACUUAUCAGAAGCCUAGAGCAAGACUUGAAGGUAGCCAAAGAUGUGUCUGUCAGAUUGCACCAUGAACUUGAGACAGUGGAGGAAAAGCGUACUAAAGCUGAAGAUGAAAAUGAAACUCUCCGACAACAGAUGAUUGAAGUGGAAAUAUCUAGACAGGCCCUCCAGAAUGAGCUAGAGAAGCUGAAAGAGAGUUCCCUAAAGAGAAGAAGCAGCCGGGAAAUGUUCAAAGAGAAGAAAACCUUUAACCAGGAAGACAGUGCCGAUUUGAAGUGCCAGCUGCAAUUUGCCAAAGAGGAAGCCUCCCUGAUGCGCAAAAAGAUGGCCAAGCUGGGGAGGGAGAAGGACGAGUUGGAGCAGGAGCUCCAGAAGUACAAGUCACUGUAUGGUGAUGUGGAUAGCCCCCUCCCCACAGGGGAAGCCGGGGGACCUCCCAGUACCAGGGAGGCAGAGCUAAAGCUACGGCUGAAGCUGGUAGAGGAGGAAGCCAACAUCUUGGGCAGGAAGAUUGUGGAGCUAGAGGUGGAGAACCGAGGCCUCAAAGCAGAGAUGGAGGACAUGCGGAUUCAGCAUGAGCGUGAAGGAACAGGCCGGGACCACGUGCCAAGCAUUCCUACCUCACCCUUUGGGGACUCUCUGGAGUCCUCUGCGGAGCUCCGCCGACACUUGCAGUUUGUGGAAGAGGAGGCGGAGCUUCUGAGGAGGUCCAUAUCUGAGAUCGAAGACCACAACCGGCAGUUGACCAAUGAGCUGAGCAAGUUCAAGUUUGAACCUCGCCAGGAGCCAGGAUGGCUUGGAGACAGCACAGGUAAGGGCCCUGGAACUGGGGUGCCACUGCAGGAGGAACUAAAGUCUGCUAGGCUGCAGAUCAGUGAGCUGAGUGGGAAGGUCAUGAAGCUCCAGUAUGAGAACCGAGUGCUGUUGUCCAAUGUCCAGCGCUGCGACCUGGCUGCCCACCUGGGGCUGCGUGCCCCAAGCCCUAGGGACAGUGAUGCCGACAGUGACACAGGCAAGAAAGAGAGUGAUGGGGAAGAAGGCCGCCUGCCCCAGCCCAAACGGGAAGGGCCAGUGGGUGGGGAAAGUGACUCGGAGGACAUGUUUGAGAGAACAUCAGGCUUUGGGAGUGGAAAGCCUUCAGAGGCAAGCGAGCAGUGUCCAGUAGAGCUUCUGAGAGCCCGAGAGGACACCGAAUGCUUGGUGACCUUAAAGCAGGAGGCCCAGCGACUGGAGAGGACUGUGGAGCGCCUCAUCAUGGACACAGAUGACUUCAUCCAUGACUCAGGGCUGCAGGGCAGCAGCCUGGCCUUGACUGGUAUCCAGGGUGAGGGUGAAAGGGGCCAGAAUGAACCCCACCUGCUGGGGACCAUCAGUGUAAAGAUGAAAGCUUUCAGGAAAGAGCUGCAGGCCUUCCUGGAACAGGUGACCCGGAUUGGGGAUGGGCUGUCACCUUUGUCCCACCUCACGGAGUCAUCGAGCUUCCUCUCCACGGUGACCUCUGUGUCCCGGGACUCCCCCAUCGGGAACCUAGGGAAGGAGCUGGGCCCAGACUUGCAGUGGAAACUGAGAGAUCAGCUGGAGUGGUCGCUCUCUCAGGAGCGAGGGGACGAGAGAGAUGGCCUGCGCCUCCGAGCUGCCGCACGAGAGCUGCACCGCCGGGCUGACGGGGAUGUUGGGAACCACCGGCCUGGAGGCCAGAGCGGCUUCAACCUGCUAGAGAUGGAGGAGGAGCACCUGUAUGCCUUGAGGUGGAAAGAACUGGAGAUGAACAGCCUGGCUUUACAGAACACCCUCCAUGAGCGAACUUGGAGUGAUGAGAAGAAUCUGCUGCAGCAGGAGCUUCGGUCCUUAAAGCAGAACAUUUUCCUCUUCUAUGUCAAGCUCAGGUGGCUACUGAAACACUGGCGGCAGGGGAAGCAGAUGGAGGAGGGAGGAGAGGAUUUCACUGAGAGUGAACAUCCAGAGACCUUCCCUGGGCUUGGUGAACUAGGAGUCCAGGGGGGUCACCAGGUGGAAAGACCAGCCCGAGAUGAUGGUGACCAAGGCUGUGGCUUUCCAGUAGGGGAGCAUUCCCUACAUACCCCUGUGCAGACUGGUGACCAUGGACCCCGGCUGCAGACUUUGGAUGGAGGACCACUCAACAAGCAGGUGGUGGAGAACCAGCAACUAUUCAGUGCCCUCAAGGCUUUGCUGGAGGACUUCCGCUCAGAGCUGCGGGAGGAUGAACAUGCGAGGCUACGGCUACAGCAGCAGUAUGCCAGCGACAAGGCUGCCUGGGAUGUGGAGUGGGCCGUACUCAAGUGCCGCCUGGAACAGCUGGAAGAGAAGACUGAGAAAAGCUUGGGGGAGCUCGAUGUUCCCGCUGAGGGCAAAGGGGCCCUGAAGACAGAGAGAGAGGUGCACCAGAAGCUCCUGGCUGAUAGCCACGGCCUGGUCAUGGACCUGCGCUGGCAGAUCCACCACAGAGAGAAGAACUGGAACCGUGAGAAGGUGGAACUCCUUGAGCGUCUGGACAGGGAGCGACAGGAAUGGGAGCAGCAGAAGAAAGACCUCCUGUGGAGGAUAGAGCAGUUGCAGAAAGAAAACAGUCCUCGGAGAGGUGGCAGUUUCCUGUGUGAUCAGAAAGAAGGCAACAUCCGUCCCUUGCCCCACCAGGGUGCCCUCCGAGUGUCCCGGCCUGUGUCCAUGUGGCCCUGCGUGGACACCGACUCGGUCGCAUUUGAAGAUCGGCCACUUUCCAAGCUGAAGGAGUCAGACAGGUGCUCGGCCAGUGAGAACCUCUACUUGGAUGCCUUGUCCCUGGAUGAGGAACCAGAGGAGCCGCCACCCUGUAGGCCUGAGAGGGAGUUCAGGAAUUGCCUGCCUGAGGAUGAAGAAAAUCAUAAGGGAAAUCUUCAAAGAGCCAUGUCUGUGUCCUGCAUGUCUGAAUUCCAGCGUCUCAUGGAUGUUUCUCCCUUCCUGCCUGAGAAGGGCCUGCCACCUGCCAGCAGCAAGGAGGAUGUCACCCCACCCCUGUCUCCUGACGACCUGAAGUACAUUGAGGAGUUCAACAGCAAGAGCUGGGACUAUACACCCCCUAGGGCUGGGACUGACAGGCCUCAGGACCUCUGGGCAGAUCGGACCGAGGUGGGGCGGGCAGGACACGAGGCCACAGCAGAGUCUUUCCCCGACUCCUCCUGGUAUCUGACCACAAGUGUCACCAUGACCACAGACACUAUGACCAGCCCUGAGCACUGCCAGAAGCAGCCCCUGCGAAGCCACGUCCUCACUGAACAAUCUGGGGUGCGAGUGUUGCACAGCCCACCCGCUGUCCGCAGGGUGGAUACCAUUGUGACAGCUGGCAGUGAGGGCCGGAGCCGGCUGGACCCUGAAGGUCCCUUUCCCACAGGCAGGGCCAGAGGGGGCCUGGGAGAUGCCAGGGGGGGCCAUCCUGAGCCCGGGCUCAGCAGGUGGCCUUGUGCUACCUCCAGACACCCCAGAGACUUCACGGAAGGGACUCUCCGGCCCCUUGAUGGCCCCCUAUGCCCCUCUCUAGGGUUUGCACCCCCACUGCACAGCCUGGAUAUGUCUAAGAACAUGAGUGACGACAUGAAGGAGGUGGCCUUCUCCGUCAGGAGUGCCAUCUGCUCCGGUUCCACCGAGCCACAAGUCAGGGACAUGGCCUGCCAGACCAAUGGGUCCCGGACAGCAGGGACGCAGACCAUCCAGAGCAUCAGUGUGGGCCUGCAGACUGAAGCCCUGCGUGGCGGCGGCGUCACCAGCAGUCCCCACAAGUGUCUCACGCCAAAGGCCGGGGGCGGCACCACACCUGUGUCUUCUCCUUCCCGCAGCCUCAGGAACAGGCAGGUGGCCCCUGCCAUCGAGAAGGUGCAGGCCAAGUUUGAACGCACCUGCUGCUCCCCCAAGUAUGGUUCACCCAAGCUGCAGCGGAAACCCCUCUCCAAAGCAGAACAGCCAAACAGCCGGGCCUCACCAGGGUUGGUCCAGAAAGGGUACAGCGAGUCAGCCUGGGCCCGCUCCACCACCACAAGAGAGAGCCCUGUGCACACCACCAUCAAUGAUGGCCUUUCUAGCCUCUUCAACAUCAUUGACCACAGCCCUGUGGUACAGGACCCCUUCCAGAAGGGGGUGAGGGCCGGGAGUCGGUCUCGCUCAGCUGAACCCCGACAAGAGUUAGGCCCGGGCCAGGAAACAGGCACCAGUUCCCGAGGACGAUCACCUAGCCCCCUUGGGAUGGGCUCAGAGAUGUGCAGAGAGGACGGGGGAGAGGGCACACCAGUGAAGCAGGACUUGUCUGCUCCUCCUGGUUACACACUCACUGAGACUGUGGCCCGGAUUCUCAACAAGAAGCUUCUGGAGCAUGCCUUAAAGGAGGAGAGGAGGCAGGCCACCCAUGGCCCUCCCAGUCUUACCAGUGACAGCCACACAGGAGACUCAGCCACGGCUGAGCCAGGGUCCAUGGAGGAACUACCUUGUUCUGCACUAGCACCAUCCCUAGAGCCCUGCUUCUCCAGGCCCGAGAGACCAGCAAACCGUCGCCCUCCAUCCCGGUGGGCUCCACCUCCCCCCACUGCCUCACAGUCUCAGUCACCCGGAGACCCAACACCCUUGGAGGAGCACCCUGACGAGGAUCCAGCAGAGAAGCCACUCCCGUGACGCAAAGCUUGCAUGGAUUAUCACAGAAUAAUUCACUGUGAUUUGCAUAACCACACCCUCAGCCCAAACUAAACUCUGCCCCAAAGGAGAGAUGUGAUUUUCUCAAGGUGGAAGAACGUUUUCAAUGAACACACAGCUGCUGAAUGUCCAACCCAGGAGACUCAGAUGUUUCUAGAAUGAAACAAUAAAUGUGCCUGUAAUAACUUAAUUUUUUUCAUAGCUCAGAAAACUAUUUUUGUCUCCAUUUUUUACACCACAGUAUAUUAAAUUAAAAGGUAAAUAAGGUAUAAAUAGAUUUAAAAUAUAAGAGUUUUUAAAAAUGGACACUUUUAAGAGAUACUGAGCACCCUUGCUGUCAGUCCUGACUGCCUCUCAUAUUUGCACUGUUCUGUUUUGAUUGGGAUUAUCUCUAUGUUGAAUUUAGGAUGUUUUAAGUUAAUUUUAUUUUGUCUGUGUUAAUGAUUUUGUUUUAGGAAUUAAAAAAAAAUGCUUCAGACUGUCUUAUUUUGUUGUAGUGGAAAAGCCAUGAAGCCAGUAGAUCAGAGAGAGAUUCUACAAGCUGGAGGGGUACAGGUCAACGGUUUUGAGAAGGUACAGAGUCCCCAAGUGGGCAUAGAAAAUUUGCUGUGUGGUCCACACCACCAGCUGCACGUCUUCGGGUGCAUGUACAUAACGCUGCACUGUCCUUGCGCUCACCCACCCGUGCACCGUCUGGUCCACUGUAACCCGUCGUGAAGUCCUCGUACUGUACUGUUACUGUUGGUCCCUUUGCAUCGAUGUAACAACAGCAACAUUUUACAAUUAUUGUUCAAACAUUAACUGGCAAUGUACAGUGUUCACUCAACAUUUUCUUUGUAAAGAAAAGCACUACAGGAAUCCCGAGGAUACCAAUGGAGACAAACGGUGCCUCAGAGGGUCAGAGACCAUGAUGAAGUAGAAAUAAAGCCUUUACAAGCCAGCA